AUGUCCCACCUUGCACGCGACGCUUUCCCAGGCACACGCUGCGAUACGGUCAGAGGCAUUGCCGCGCCGCCUGUGGAAGCGCUGGAUAUCGAACAAGUGACAAUCUCAACCUCGCACCGUCGCCAUGCCUCGUCGUCGCCCUCGGCCGAGCCAGAAGCCGGCUACUCGAAAUCCGACCCGCCGCCUAUACGCUUGAAUGCCAACGUUGAAGCCAAGAUCAGGAAUCCCCUCGUCGGCGUCCCGCGCCACACCCUCCUCCGCGAUGUCGACGACUUUUGCCGCGCGCGUGGCCUCGAGCAGCACCGGGCCGUCCUCCGCAAGGGCGCCCUCGUCGCGCAGGACCCCACGGGCUACGAGGACAUUACGGGCGACGAGACGCUCACGGCCGCCGAGGUCGACGCGCUGCGCAACGAGGUCCUGCACAAGUGGCGCGUCCCGCGCGUGCUGCUCCUCACCAUUGUCACGUGCUCCAUCGGCGCCGCCGUGCAGGGCUGGGACCAGACGGGCUCCAACGGCGCCAACCUGCACCUGCCGCGCGCCCUGGGCAUCGGCAGCACCUCCACCACGGACCAGCUGCUCGUCGGGCUCGUCAACUCGGCGCCGUACAUUGGCACCGCCCUGCUCGGGUGCUGGCUGUCGGACCCGCUCAACGACGCCGUCGGCCGCCGCGGCACCAUCUUCUUCGCCGCCAACUUUUGCCUCUGGCCUGUUCUCGCCAGCGCCUUUUGCCGCACCUGGCCCCAGCUCGUCGCCUGCCGCCUGCUGCUCGGCAUCGGCAUGGGCACAAAGGCCUCGACCGUGCCCAUCUUUGCCGCCGAGAACUCGCCCGCCCCGAUCCGCGGCGCCCUCGUCAUGAGCUGGCAGCUGUGGACCGCCUUUGGCAUCUUCCUCGGCACCUGCGCCAACCUCGUCGGCGAGCGCAUCGGCCGCGAUGCCUGGCGCUACCAGCUCGGCGCCGCCUUUAUCCCCGCCGUGCCGCUCGCCCUCCUCAUCUACCUGUGCCCCGAGUCGCCCCGCUGGUACAUCAAGAAGAACCGCUACGCAGACGCUAUGCGCUCGCUGCUGCGUCUCCGCAACGACCCUAUCCAGGCCGCCCGCGACCUCUACUACAUCCACGUCCAGCUGCAGGUCGAACGCCACGUCAUUGGCAACACGCACUAUGUGAAGCGCUUCGUCGAGCUGUUUUCGAUCCCCCGCGUGCGGCGCGCCACCCUGGCCGCCUUCACGACGAUGCUGGCCCAACAGAUGUGCGGCAUCAACAUCAUCGCCUUUUACUCCUCGUCCGUCUUUGAGCGCGCUGGGGCGUCCAACUUCCAGGCCCUCCUCGCCACCUGGGGCUUUGGCCUCAUCAACUUCCUUUUCGCCUUUCCCGCCCUCUGGACGAUUGACACGUUUGGCCGGCGCUCGCUGCUGCUCUUUACGUUUCCGCAAAUGUCGUGGACGCUGCUGGCGGCGGGCCUGUGCAACCUGAUUCCCGGCGAAAAGGGCGCGCACCUCGGCCUGGUCGCGCUCUUUGUGUACCUGUUUGCCGCGUUUUACUCGCCCGGGGAAGGGCCCGUGCCGUACACGUACAGCGCAGAGGUGUUCCCGCUGUCGCACCGCGAGGUGGGCAUGGCGUUUUCCGUGGCCACGUGCCUGUUUUGGGCGGCGGUGCUGUCGAUUACGCUGCCGGUGAUGCUGGGGUCGAUGGGCGUCAUGGGGGUGUUUGGCUUCUACGCGGGGCUCAACCUGGUGGCGCUCGUCAUGAUCUUUCUCUGGGUGCCGGAGACGAAGCAGCGGACGCUCGAGGAGCUCGACUACAUCUUUGCGGUGCCGACGAGCGUCUUUAUGCGCUACCAGGUGACCAAGACGCUGCCCUGGUGGUACCACCGCUACCUGCGGCGGGACAAGAGCGCCGUCCUGGAGCCGCUGUACCAGCUGGACCUCGAGGAUCACCACGAUGCCGACGACGACGCCGACGAUGGCUUUGAGAACGACAAGGCAAGGGUGGAGCUGAAGGAAAUGGUUGGCUUUACAAAGGGAAUCGAUCCGCGGAACGGAGAAGACUCUUCCCUGUCGGAUGUUAUGAUUCAUUGA